GCUGUACAGCAGUAUCACACAGCUAUCCAACAAAUUUGAAGAUGUCUGGAAGAGGUAAAACCGGCGGAAAGGCAAGAGCAAAGGCAAAGACCCGCUCCUCCAGGGCCGGGCUCCAGUUCCCCGUGGGCCGUGUCCACAGGCUGCUGAGGAAGGGUAACUACGCCCAGCGUGUCGGUGCCGGCGCACCCGUCUACCUGGCGGCCGUGCUCGAGUACCUCACCGCUGAGAUCCUCGAGCUGGCUGGAAACGCCGCCCGCGACAACAAGAAGACCCGUAUCAUCCCGCGUCACCUGCAGCUGGCUGUCCGCAACGACGAGGAGCUCAACAAGCUGCUCGGCGGAGUCACCAUCGCUCAGGGCGGAGUUCUGCCCAACAUCCAGGCUGUUCUUCUGCCCAAGAAGACCGAGAAGGCCGCGUCCAAGAAGUAAACACGGAUUCCUGACACCACAACACAACGGCUCUUUUAAGAGCCACCCAAUUUAUCUGAGACAAACUAUACCCUCUUAGAAUUCUUUCUAUUAUUAUUAUUAUUAUUAUUAUUAUUAUUAUUAUAACAAUAUUAAACAAGACUGAAUCACACUUGUUGUGCUUUGCCACAUGCCAAAACGGUACCCUUUAUAGUAUUUAUAUAAACUUGGUGAGAGUUAUACAGUCCUGUAAUUAUUUAUAAUUUUAUUCCCACACUAUAUGAACAUAUUCAAUCAUGAAUUUGCCAAUAUGAUGUUUUAGUCUUAGGAUAAUUGUAAUCCAGUUUUUACUGCUUACAACGUUUUUUCUCACUUAGUAAUUUGUUGGACUGGGUGACCUGUAAUAAUGUUAAGACAAAAAUAAAAGUCUGAAUAAUUCAUCAUAGUAA